GGGCAGUGCGAUCAGAUGGCAGUUGCUGCGAAUGAAUGGUUAAAAAGCGAAGGAGAGUUGGUGUGGGGGAGUAGCCGGGCCGAGGAGGCAUCAGUAGAAUUGUAGCGCAUUCCUGGGCUCACUGUGCUGCCAGCAUCUGAUUAGAAGCAUACAGGAUCCGCCGGGCUGAGCUAAGCUAAGGCCGGAGGAGGAGGAGGAGGGAUAGAGGCAAACACAGCAGGGGGAGUCAGGAGGCAGCAGCAGCAGCAACGAGCAACUGUCACAUCCCGGCAGCGACCAGCGAGCAGCAACAUCCCAGCCGCAAAGUCGCGUGAACAUGAACUUCUGCUGAGCAUUUGGUGUUCCCCUGUCAUCUCUAAAGCUUGACUCUUAUUUAAUGAUCGUGACAUUGUGAGGCCGGCCUCCAGUCAUGUCUACUGAUGUAGAAACCAGCAGCAGCACCGCCCCUGAAGUAACACCACCCACGGCAAAGCCACCAUCCAAGAAGGAGAAGAAAAAAGGACCAGAAAAAACUGAUGAAUUCCUUUUGGCCAGAUUCAAGGGAGAUGGGGUGAGAUAUAAAGCCAAAUUAAUUGGCAUUGAUGAUGUCCCUGAAGCCAGAGGAGAUAAAAUGAGUCAGGACUCCAUGAUGAAGCUUAAGGGGAUGGCUGUGGCGGCUCGUUCUCAGGGACAACAUAAACAGAGAAUUUGGGUCAACAUUUCACUUUCUGGAAUAAAAAUCAUAGAUGAGAAAACUGGAGUAAUAGAGCAUGAAAAACCUGUUAAAAUUUUAUUUGCCGCGGCGGACCGCGCUUUGGGGUAUGUUGGAGCGGGGGAGCAGUUUUCAAAGAGGGGCCCGCAGGCCCAACCUUUGGUUUUCAACCCAAAAGAUUUCCAAGUCUUCUAAACACAAAAAAGAGGGGAUGAAGACAAGAAGAAGAACGAUGAAGGCAGUCAGCCAUUAGAGAAUGGAAGCGACGCCCUGCUCAGCAUUAACGAGGAAGUUGACAAACUAAAACUGGGUGUUGACCAGAUGAAUUUAUUUGGUGAUAUGUCCACGCCCCCCGACCUCCACAGCCCCACGGCAACAUCUGAUGAUUUGUUUGGGUCAGACAUCUUUCCAUCAAAUUCAGAGCCAACGUCAGCUGUAGGUCCUACUGCUCAGCCAAUCCCAGCGCCAACCAAUCCAUUGGAUCUAUUUAACACCUCAGGUCUCUCAUCAGCAACUGCCCCUGGAAGUCUUGGCACCUUGACAGUAAACUCAUCUCAUGCACAACAAUGGAAUCCCCAGCCUUUAGUUUUUAAUCAGCCUUCUGCAACACUUCACACUCCUGUAGUACAGCCUGGUUUUAGUCAGCAAAAUGUUCUUGGAGCAGCCUCAAUGACGUCAUGGAAUCAACCACCAGGUUUAAUAGCGCCGCCACCUAUGCAGAACACCACAUUGUGGAAUCAGCCUGUAUCAAUCCAGCCAAAUGUUUGGCCCCAACAAGGAGGCUUAAAUAACCCUUUCCAGGCCAAUAUGUUUGCGCAAAGACUACCUAUUUUGCCAUCCGCAUUAACAUCAUCAGGUCCUGCUCUCACAAGUCCUCCUCAGCCUCCCCCCAGGCCAGCGCCUCAAAAAGAGUCACCUAAGAAAGAAAGUGAUGCCUUCACUGCUUUAGAUCCACUUGGUGAGAAAGAGAAGAAGAGCGUUAAAGACAUGUUCAAAGACUAUCAGCUGACAAAGCCGCCCGCUGUUCCUGCAAGGCGAGGAGAACAUCUGCAAAACAACAAUUCCAACUCUUCUGGAGCUUUUAACAACUAUUUUACUACCAAAGUAGGAAUUCUCCAAGAGAGUGCCGAUCAUGAUGAUUUUGACAUUAAUCAACUCUCAUCUAGGAUUAAUGACCCACCAAAACCUGCCCCACGAAUACAUACACUAGCAGUGUCCAAGCCUGCUGAGGGUUUAUUCGACAAUCCCUUUGGUUCAGAUUCUUUCACUUCAUUACAAAACUCUAAAGCCACAGCACAUCAGUUGACAUCUUCUGAUCCAUUCAGGGAUCCAUUUGGGAAUCCAUUUGCUUAAGAAAGCUGCUACUGCAUUUCCAUAGACAAAACAACAAGCAAAAAUAUACAGAAGAUACUUGCCAUCCUCACUAUGACAUCUCAUCGUUUUCCAGUUUAUUCAUUGCCAAAUAAUUGCCCAGUAAUUCCCAUUGGUUUACAUCAAACUAAGGACAGUCGUAGUUUAACUCCCAACGCACCAUGUCUGGAAAUUCAAGACAGUUUUAUUCGAUAGUCACAUUUUCACUUGCAAGUGUUUGCGCUGGACGGCAAAAUAACGUUUGGAUAAUGCCAUGAACAUCCUGAAAAUGAUAUCCUUGAUGAAAUGCUUGGUGAUGUCAUCAGUUAUAAUCAGUGCUUAGUGAUGUCAUUUCUGUCACAUGACUCACUGAAGCUUGUGUAUUAUAAUAAAUAAUGUACUCUUUGUUGUGUAAUAUGAGGAGAUCAGAAGUCACCUUGAAGUUCCAUGUAUAUUUUACGACAGGAGGUACAUUAUUCACUAUAUAAUAAACACUUUAGAUGUCCAUAUCUCCUGAACAUACGGUAAUGACAGGAAGCUGAAGAACAAAACAAAGGGACCCCUUGUGCUGGAUCAUGCAUCAAGCUCACCAAAGAGAUCACGUGCAAUGCUUGGCAUACAUAAUGCAUGGUUCAGUUUUUAUCAGGUCUGUUUUUUUUGUUGUUAUGAUGUUUUGGGACAUGUCCAUCUGUUAUAUGGCAUUCAUGGGCUUGAACAUACACUUUUAAUGACAUCACGCUAGGCGAGCACAACCCUACAAAAAUGUCAUGUCUGAGAGUCUUGAAACUGAGUACUGGUUAAAGUGAUGUCAUAGAUGUUACUAUUUUAAUUUCCAUGUGAGAGCAGACGUAGAGAGACAUAACAUCUGAGCUUCAUCUGGAAUAAUUAGGUUCCCAGUAGCACUUUGUCAUGAGUUUGCCACCAAAUUACCAAAACCGCAUUUGAGAAAAUGCUAUUGAGUUGUAAAAAGUCAUGCACAUCUCAUUGACAUUAAGACAGUGAGACACAAACCAAUGAUUCUGCCAAACAUAAUUCCAAACUUGAUUGAGUACAUUUCCACCUCUAGCCCUCGGACCUUGGCUGGCCACCCCAACGUCUGUUUCACCGGAUUAUGACCAAAAGAAGACUCAUUGUGCAGCUGCCAUGUUUUUAUGACCUGGAGCAUAACGGAACUCUCUCUGAAACUGGAACUCGCUUCGUGAUUCCAUCUGAUGCAUAAAUACAUUUAAUAUAUUAUUAUCCACUUUCAAUCAUUUAGAAGCAAAAGAUUUAAUUUCCACGAUAAAUGGUGAUCCAUAUGGUGUUAUAAUAUAUACCUCAACUGGGAUUACUGGAACUGGAAGAGAACAGCAACAUGUGUUUUUAGCCAGGGCAAUAACAUCUUCCAGGAACAAAAAAGUUCUUUCCAAAGCAGCGGUGUCACCAAUAAAGAAUUUGCUCACCACCCGACAGCCAUUUUGGAUUUUGGUGGAUCUGAAAUAUACCUCCAGAACAUUAGGUACCAUUAUAUCGUACUGGAGCAGUCUGAUAGACUUUACAUUUAAUGAACAGGGAAGUGCAAGUAUCGCUAAUGUCUGGAUAUUACUGUCAUAGGAGAACUCAUCCUAAACUCUAUGGCCACAAGUUGGUUUUCAAGAUGGAUCGGUUCAGUCUUGACUGUUAAAAACCAAACCUUCUUUCUAGCCCUUUUUCUUUUUUUAGUUGAUCUGGUAUCAACUAUGAAACAUAAGAACGAUUUCCAUAGUCGUGCCUCAAUUCUUUUCAUUAUGAACUCAAACAAGUGAUCAGCUAGAAACGAAUCAAACACUAUUUACACUUGAUAAACUGAAAAAAAAACUAAUUUUGAAAGUGAUUUUUUUUUUUCUCCCAUCAGGUGGAAACCUGGAUACUUAUGCUAUCAAUGCACUUUUUUACUUUGUAAAACCAACCAAUCUAUGAGGUUUUUAAUAUGUAUUUUAUUUUCUUCUUCUGGAUCUAUGAAGGACCCUAUAAACAUACACUAUGCUUUUUGAUGUCUGUAUAAGCUCAGAUCUGUUCCUGUGAUGUAUUCAAUACAUUUCAAUAUGCUACAGAAUACACUAUUAAAGUUCCAUUGCCGUUA